UGUUCAUCGGGAUUUCCAACGCGUUUCACCGAAACGCCAUAUAUAUUCCGUGUUUUUUUUUUCCGAACAUACUCACCUGGUUAACCUGGUUUUUCAUUUUUGUAGCUCAGAGAGUGCGAGAAACAUUUGACGUUGGGCUUCCAUUCAAAAUCAUACCAAUACGAAUCGUGAGACCGUCCCAACGUGAAUCACCAUGGAAUGGAUUUAAGGAGAGUGAAAAUCAAAUAGCAACCAUCGAAUCAUAAGUAACCACGAACAUUGUUUUCGAUUUCGAAAAGCAAGAGUUUUACGGCUCAUUUUCUGCGAAUAAAUUCCAUUUUAGAAAUAUUUUUUGCAAUAAAAAUUUUGAAGAUUUUAUUUUGAGCCGCGACCAAAUAUCAAUGGAAUUUUUGAGAAUAGAAUGGCAUUUAUGAUAUAAGCUCUUUUUAUGAUCUAACCAAAAAAAAAGUGAAACCAAAAAAAGAACGACGAAAAAGUGGAUAAAAUUUAAUUUCAACUACAUUCAACGAUCGAUCGAUUUAUUUAUGUUUGUCCAGUUAAACAACAAUUUCACAACCAAAAUGUAGUACUUCGUUUACGUAAUGAACAACAAGUCAAGUGCCUUAAAAGACCCGACAAACAUGUAUCUCGGUGAUAAUUUCUAUGAAUCGAAAUGCAUUUGAUUCAUUCAAAAUGUGAGAGUUAUGCACAAAAAAAAAGUUCCUAACGAAACGAAGAAAGAAAAACGAGAGAGUUUGUGUGCGUGUGUAUGAAAUAAAUUAGAUUUAGAUUGGUUUUUUAAGCGAUGCAAAAAUAAUUGGUGGAAAGAAGUGUGAUCAUGUCGAAACCGAAUCCAAGGCGUGCGGCAAAAUCGUCAUCACGAAAGCUAGCCCGCGAAACUGAACACGAUGAGUCGACCGAUCGAGCAAGUCGAUCGGCGGUCAAUCCGACCGCAUCUCGACCAGACGAUCCCAAAGAUGAGACUGCCAAAGAUGAGAAAAAGGAUGGUAAAACUCCGGAUGAUACGACGACCACACCGUCUGAAAAGCCAAAGCCACAAAGUGCGAGUGCGACAAUACGUGAUGCAGGCCAAAGAUUACUUAGUUUAACGAUGAAACAAGAAUGGACAUCGAUCGAUCCGGUGUUGAAGCAGUUGGAAAAAAUUGUGGCUGCCGGAGGUGGAGAGGCAAAUGUGGCUCCAUUGGCUGGUGUUGCGGACCCGAUAUCCGGAAUGACGCCCUUGAUGUACGCGGUCAAAGAUAAUCGAACAUCGUACUUAGAUCGACUCAUCGAUCUUGGAUCAGACGUUUGCGCACGUAACAAUGAUCAUUUCAACGUUUUACAUGUUGCAGCGAUGUAUUCACGAGAGGACGUUGUGAAAUUGUUGUUAAAUAAACGUGGUGUCGAUCCAUUUUCGACUGGUGGCCCAAAACAACAGACGGCCAUUCACAUUGUGUCCAGUCGUCAAACGGCUACAGCGACGAGUAUUCUUCGGGUAUUGCUGGCGUCAGCUGGCAAAGAAAUACGAUUAAAAGCAGACGGCCGUGGCAAAAUACCAUUGUUAUUGGCUGUCGAAGCUGGUAACCAGUCUAUGGUUCGCGAAUUGUUAUCAGCACAAACUGCAGAACAACUGCAAGCAACGACUGAAAAUGGCGAUACAGCCUUGCACUUGGCCACCAGGCGACGUGAUAUCGAUAUGGUACGCAUUCUGGUUGAUUACGGUGCAAAUGUGGAUAUGCAAAAUGGUGAAGGUCAAACCGCACUUCAUAUUUGUGCAGCCGAAGGGGACGAGGCGCUGUUAAAGUAUUUCUACGGUGUUCGUGCGUCAGCAUCAAUUACCGAUAACAUGGAUAGAACACCAAUGCAUGUAGCAGCAGAAAAUGGACAUGCUUCAGUGAUCGAAAUUUUGGCCGAUAAAUUCAAAGCGAGCAUAUGGGAACGGACGAAAGACGGAAGCACAUUGAUGCACAUCGCAUCGUUGAAUGGUCAUGCCGAAUGUGCCACAAUGCUCUUCAAAAAAGGUGUUUACCUACAUAUGCCAAAUAAACGUGGAGCUCGCAGUAUACACACUGCCGCGAGAUACGGCCACAUCGGUAUCAUCAACACACUCAUUCAACGUGGCGAAAAAGUCGAUGUCACUACCAAUGACAACUAUACAGCACUUCACAUAGCGGUUGAGUCAGGAAAACCGGCCGUUGUUGAAACGCUGCUUGGAUAUGGUGCUGAUUUACAUGUUCGAGGUGGUAAGCUGCGCGAAACUCCAUUGCACAUUGCCAGUCGAGUGAAAGAUGGCGAUCGAUGUGCGCUGAUGCUGUUGAAAUCGGGCGGCGGACCCAAUUUAGCAACCGACGAUGGUCAGACUCCAGUACAUGUUGCCGCAAAAAAUGGCAAUCUACAAACAUUAAUUCUACUUUUGGAGGAUGGCGGUGAUGCUAUGUGGAAAUCAAAUAAUGGUGAAACGCCACUUCACUUGGCUUGUCGAGCGUGUCAACCGGAGAUUGUACAGCAAUUAAUUGAAGGUGUGAAAGAAAAACAUGGCUCGGAAGUGUUAGAAACAUAUAUAAAUACAUUGAAUGAAGACGGAGCGACGGCCAUGCACUAUAUUUGCAAUGUGUCAACGGAUGAAGUGGAAUUUCUCGAUGCCGACAAAGAAAUUGUUCGUUUACUGCUGCAAAAUGGGGCGGAUGUCUCGGUGCAAACGAAGCAAACGUCGGAAACGUGUUUCCACUAUUUAGCUAAGACUGGAAAUAAUGACAUUUUCACCGAAAUGCUACAGCACAUGGCGCCAGCCGAUACACAAAAGGAACUCAAUCGACAAUCAUCAAUUGGUUGGACGCCGCUGUUGAUCGCGUGUAAUCAGGGUCACAUGGAUCUUGUAAAUAAUAUGCUUGCGAAUCAUGCUCGUGUCGAUGUGUUUGACAUUGAGGGUCGAUCAGCGUUGCAUUUGGCCGCCGAACAUGGAUUCAUUCAGGUGUGCGAUGCAUUGCUGGCAAAUAAAGCGUUCAUCAAUUCAAAGUCUCGAGUCGGCCGAACGGCAUUACAUUACGCAGCAAUGAAUGGAUACAAAGAUUUAGUGAAAUUUUUGGUUCGUGAUCACAAUGCGGUUAUCGAUAUUUUAACAUUGCGAAAGCAAACGCCAUUGCAUUUGGCGAGUCAGAACGGUCAAUUGGAAACGUGUAUGUUGUUAUUGGAACUUGGAGCCAGCAUUGAUGCCACCGAUGAUUUGGGUCAAAAACCCAUCCAUGCUGCCGCACAAAAUAAUUUCUCCGAUGUUGUGAAACUGUUCUUGCAACAGCAUCCGAGCUUAGUGAAUGGCACGAGUAAGGAUGGAAACACGUGUGCGCAUAUCGCAGCCAUGCAAGGUUCAGUGAAAGUGAUUGAAGAGCUCAUGAAAUUCGAUCGACAAGGUGUGAUCAAUGCUAGAAAUAAAUUAACGGAUGCCACACCACUGCAAUUGGCCUGUGAAGGUGGUCACGUUGCCGUGGUGAAAGCUUUAGUUCGAGCCGGUGCCUCGGCAACUGAUGAAAAUAAGACCGGCUUCACUGCCGUGCAUCUUGCCGCACAAAAUGGACACAAUGGUGUGCUUGAAGUGAUGCGAAGCACCAAUUCACUCCGAAUUUCGAGUAAAAAACUUGGAUUGACGCCAAUUCAUGUGGCUGCUUACUUUGGACAAUCGGAUACAGUGCGUGAAUUGCUGGGGAAUGUUCCAGCCACGGUGAAAUCAGAAACACCAAGCGGACAGUCAUUGGUGCCUGAACUAGGUUCGGAAUCGGGAAUGACACCAUUACAUCUUGCCGCUUACUCUGGAAAUGAGAAUGUUGUGCGACUGCUGCUGAAUUCAGCCGGUGUUCAAGUCGAUGCUGCCACAACCGAAAAUGGUUUCAAUCCACUUCAUUUGGCGUGUUUCGGUGGUCACAUGAGUGUGGUUGGUUUGUUGUUAAGUCGUUCCGCCGAAUUGCUUCAAAGCUGUGAUCGCUAUGGAAAAACGGGUCUUCAUAUCGCAGCGAUGCAUGGCCAUUAUCAAAUGGUCGAAAUUUUAUUGGGUCAAGGUGCCGAAAUCAAUGCAUCCGACAAAAAUGGUUGGACGCCGUUGCACUGUGCCGCUAAAGCCGGACAUUUGGAUGUGGUUCGUUUGAUGUGUGAAUCGGGUGCAUCGCCAAAAAACGAAACUAACUAUGGUUGUGCUCCGAUUUGGUUUGCCGCAUCCGAAGGACACAACAACGUCUUCAAAUACCUGAUGCACAAAGAGCACGACACAUACGCACUCAUGGAAGACAAACGCUUUGUUUACAACCUAAUGGUUGUAUCCAAAAAUCACAACAAUAAACCAAUCGAAGAAUUUGUUCUCGUCUCACCAGCGCCCGUCGAUACAGCUGCCAAAUUAUCCAAUAUCUACAUGAUUCUUUCGACUAAAGAAAAAGAGCGUGCAAAAGACUUAAUCAAUGCCGGUAAGCAAUGUGAGGCGAUGGCCACUGAAUUACUGGCGCUUGCAGCUGGUGCCGACUCAGCUGGACGAAUUUUAACUGCCACAGAUCGAAAAAACACGGAAUUUCUAGACGUACUCAUCGAAAAUGAACAGAAAGAAGUGAUCGCUCACACUGUUGUACAACGAUACCUUCAGGAAUUGUGGCGCGGCGUUUUAAAUUGGUCUGGUUUUAAAUUAGUGUUGCUGUUGGUUGCGUUCAUCAUUUGCCCGCCAGUCUGGGUCAUUUUCACACUUCCAUUAGGUCAUAAAUUUAGCAAAGUGCCGAUCAUUAAAUUCAUGUCAUAUUUAACAUCACAUAUCUACUUGAUGACUCUGCUGAUGCUAAGCGGCAUCGUGCCACCAUUUCCUGUCGUUCGACCCGGACUGUUUCCGUACUGGUACGAAUGGGCAUUACUCGUUAUGUUAUCCGGUUUAUUACUGUUCGAAUUGACGAAUCCGAGCGAUAAAAGCGGAUUGGGUUUCAUCAAAUUGCUCGUACUACUCUUUGGAAUGGCCGGUGUUGGCGUGCAUGUCGCCGCAAUGUUUUUCGUUAAGAUUGAAUAUUGGCCCACGUUAAUGUACUGUCGAAAUCAGUGUUUCGCUCUAUCGUUCUUGUUGGCUUGUGUGCAGAUUCUGGAUUUUCUGUCGUUCCAUCACCUGUUCGGUCCAUGGGCAAUCAUCAUUGGUGAUUUAAUGAAGGAUUUGGGUCGAUUUUUGGUUGUGUUGGCAAUUUUCGUAUUCGGAUUCUCAAUGCAUAUAGUCGCGCUAAAUCAGCCGUUCGAAAAUUUCACACCCGAUCAAGUGCGCGGUUUAGGAAAGAAAACGCGAAAAGCACACCUCUUCAGUGAUGUACGCAUGAAUCCAAUAGUUUCAUUCGAAUUGCUGUUUUUUGCUGUGUUCGGUCAAACAACCACCGAUCAAACGCAAGUCGAUAAAAUAGGCAAUACAAAUCCUCCGCGUGAUAAGCGUAUGCAGCCACCAGAAACGGAUUAUUUGUUUAAAAUUGUCUUUGGCAUAUACAUGUUGGUGUCAGUUGUUGUACUUAUCAAUCUACUGAUUGCUAUGAUGUCUGAUACUUACCAAAGAAUUCAGGCUCAAUCCGAUAUCGAAUGGAAGUUUGGUUUGUCUAAGCUUAUUCGAAGUAUGCAUCGAACAACAACCGCUCCGUCACCACUCAACUUAAUCACCACAUGGUUCAUGUGGCUAUUGAAUGCAUGCAAGACCAAAUUCAAAAAGAAGAAGAAGCAGAGCUUAGUGAAUAUGAUGGGAAUACGACAAGCAAGUCCGCGAACUAAAGCAGGUGCGAAAUGGCUGUCUAAAGUGAAGAAAAGUCAGGUCGCUCCAAAGCAAGAUUCCGUUGCGUUGUCGGUAGUACAUCUGUCGCCACUUGGAUCACAGUUGAGUUUUGCUCAACACGCCGGAACGCGCAUCGAAAAUGUCGUCGAUUGGGAAUCGAUUGCAAAAAAGUACCGGGCUUUGUUUGGUAGUGAACCCGAAGAAACCGGUUCCAUACACACUGAAUCCGAUAAUCAAUCGAACACAUCGGGUGAUGCACAACACGCUGCACCCGCACCGCCAGUCGGAAACAAUACAGCUGCCAUGAAUCAAGUUUAAAGUGUAAAUUGAAUUGAGAUACGUUUUGGUGUAGGGAUUUAUAUUGGUUAAGAGCAUAUUGAUUAUGAUUUCGAUCGCAAGACUUUUAAGACAAAAUUUCUUAAGUAAUUUUCUCAAUUGGUUUAAGGUUGCUAGUAAAUUAGUGUCAAUUUGAUUGUAGAGUUUUUAAAUGGUGUAAGGAUAAAACGUUUUAUAGCGAGGAAUUUUUGCGUGGAUCCAUUGAAUUAAGAAUUAAGUCAAUGUAUAAAGCUCCUUAAGUGUAUGUGGAAUAACACAAAUUGUAAGUCUUCGUUUGCGAUUCAACGUGUUUUGAAAUUGCAAAUCUUGUAAUUACACACUCGAGAAAUAAACAAAGUAAAUUUGAAAUUCA